AUGGCGUGGCUGCGGCCCGGGGCCGCCUCGCAGGCUGCUGCAGGGCCCCUCUUCCAGCCCGAGGGCUUUGCUGCGGCCCCGGGGGCCCCGGGGGCCCCGGGGGCCCCGGUGGCCCCGGGGGCCCCCGAGGCCCCGGUGACCCCAGCAGCAGCAGCAGCAGCAGCAGCCCCGGACUCGCCGCUGCGGCCGCUGCUGCAGCAGCGCCGCAAGAACCGGACCAAUGGUCUCGCGUAUGCCGGUGCAGCAACCCUUGUGCUUUUUGCUGCGCUGCUGCUGCGGCGCGGCUUUGCUGCUGCGCCGCAGCAGCAGCGGGGGCCCUCCGUGGGGCCCCCCACAGACCCGCGGCCCCUCUCGCCCUUCGGGGCCCGCAGGACCCUGGGGGCCCCCGGGGGGCCCCUGGGGGCCCCCGAGGGGCCCCUGGGGGAGCUCGAAGGCAAAAUCAGACCCCAAAAAAGAAGAAGAAGUGAAUUUUUUCAAGUGGGAAAUGUUAGGAAGCGGCGGCUGCUGUCUUUCUAUGAAGCUUCUGCUGCAGCAGAGCUGCUGGCGGCUCUGACGCGGGCCUUUAACGACAGUUCGGGAGCAGCAGCAGCAGCAGGGUGCAGCGCGCCGACGGAGGAAGCAGCAGCAGCAGCAGCAGCAGCAGCAGCAGGGGACGGCAGCGCCGCCUUACAAGUGCAGCCGCAGCAGUCCAGCGAUUUGCUGCAGUGGGCCAAAGCCCUGGGGCUGCCCCACGGCUUAAAAAGGCAUCAAAGGCCCUGGACUAUUGCCCACAUAUCCAGCAGCAGACACAGCAGCAGCAGACACAGCAGCAGCAGCAGCAGCAGCAGCAAAGAAGAGGCCCCACACGGCGGCGCAGCAGAAGACCCACCCAGGGCCCCUCAAAGGCCCCUUGGAGAAGCUGCCCCACGGGGCCCCACAGGGGGCCCCAUAGGGGCCCCCGCGGGGGCCCCUGUGGGGCCCCCCGCGGGGGCCCCCGUGGGGGCCCCCCUGGGGGCCUCCGGAAAUGUUAUGGGGGGCCUCAUGAGCCGUUUGCGGCGCGCUGCUGCUUCUCGUGAGGAAGACCUUCUUAGCCUUUUGGGGCAGUGGCUUGGGGAGGCCCGGAAGGGAGAAAAGUGA